AGUUGGGAGCAGUAACGAGGUGAAUCCUUGCUUUGCGGCGGCAUCAUCGACUCAUCGAGUGACCUCCCGGACACAAUCGGAAGCUCCAUUCACCCUUUUCUACUCCGUCAUUGGCGCGUUACAUGCCACAAGUCGCAUGGAUUCAGCGCUGAAAAGGUUGGCGAGGUGUUCCAGGGACGAUAGCUCAUCCAGCUAAUGUUAGCUAUAGCCGCAGCUUCAGCAGCGAGGAGCUGAGUGUUGGAGUUCGCUUCUGUUGUCUGUUCGACUGACCCACAGACUCGCCACAGUCUCCACUGGCACAAUAUGGGCCUCAUAUUCGCCAAGCUGUGGAGCUUUUUCUGCAACCAAGAGCACAAGGUGAUAAUCGUGGGACUUGACAAUGCAGGGAAGACCACUAUCCUCUACCAGUUCCUGAUGAACGAGGUGGUCCACACGUCCCCUACCAUCGGCAGCAACGUGGAGGAGAUUGUUGUGAAGAACACCCAUUUCCUGAUGUGGGACAUCGGAGGUCAGGAGUCUCUGCGCUCCUCCUGGAACACGUACUACUCUAACACGGAGUUUGUCAUCCUGGUGGUGGACAGCACGGACCGGGAGCGACUAGCCAUCUCUAAAGAGGAGCUCUACAGGAUGCUGGCUCAUGAGGACCUGCGGAAAGCCGCCGUCUUGAUCUUCGCCAAUAAGCAGGACAUGAAGGACUGUAUGUCUGCAGCUGAAAUCUCCAAAUACCUCACUCUGAGCUCCAUCAAAGACCAUCCGUGGCACAUCCAGUCCUGCUGCGCACUGACAGGAGAGGGCUUGUGUCAAGGUCUGGAGUGGAUGACCGCCCGGGCCGGACUCAGAUAGCCCCCACCCACCCUCUCAGCGCCUCGCCUGGCUGAACUACCUAAAGUGACCACACGGUGGCUCCACAGCUCAUCUGACAGGACUUGUACAUUUUAACUGGAGCUUUGGCGCAACGCUUUGACCUGACGCCUCAGACAGAGCGAUUCCGCCGAUCAGGAGGAAAGUGACGACUCAGCAGCACUGGGUGGACUUCACAUAUCAUGAUACAUUUAGUGCCAUGAAUGCCACACGGGGGACCUUUGUGGUCAGAUGUGGUGCAACCUUUUAGAUUGUACUUUUUAAUUUUCUUUUUUUUUUGUUUAAGUUGAGGUCAAAUCUGAAGGAUGGAGACCACUCAGUAUUGUCAAGGUGACUCUGCACGGCAGCAGGCUCUGCAGAGCUUCUCAAGUGCUCAUGUGUCAGGUUCUCGUGUUCGACAGCUGUUACACUUCCUCAUAAGCUACUUCGCUGGUGUUUCUCACGUUAUUUUCGGCUGCAAAUCUUCGGCACUAUUGUUUUGCUUUUUGUUUUUUUAAACCCUAAAGUUCUCAAAACGGUUCACUAUUUCUGUUGAAGUAAUUGGUGAACAUUUCUUCAAGUAAGCAGCUCAGCAGCGGGUUUUUUUUCCCCUCAACACCGUUAAUGACACUAAGUUGUUUAUCAUGAACUUACACUAAACAGAAGGUGCUUUACUUGACUGUAACAUUUCAUGUCACAUUUUUAAACAAGGACCAGAGCAGAAUAACACGUUGGGUCUAUUCAAGACUGGAGAAAAAAAGGCAGGUGCCAGGUGGUUUACAAUAUUUUUAUACUUCUAAUGCCUCCAUAGAACCUUUCCUGUGUCAUUUAAAUAUUAUUGCUUUAUUUUCCUCCAAAUAUUUUUAUAUUCUUUGUGAUCAUGUUCAUUUUUUAUUUUUUUUUGCUUAUCAAACUUUGAAGUUUUUCACUUGAAGAUGCUCACCAGUGACCACGUACGUACUUUUGCUGGUCUUUAUACGCUGUUGAAGCAAAACCUGUAAAUGUUUAAAGGUGACUUGAUAUUUCAGCAAAUCUUGACCCUGAGCCUUAACAGCCAUGUUGUUUGAGGCGUGUGUGUAUGAAAUGUUUUUACUCGAUUUUGGAAAUCCUGUGGCGCAAUCUAUGCAUGGAUCAGUUUAAACCCUUUUUACCAUACAGACCAGACUUCAAAGUGGUUCAUUCAACAGUCAGCUACAAUCCUCGUGUUCACGGACGCGAGCUGGAAUUUUUUUUUUUUGUACCUUGAAAACCAACUACUUUUAAACACUUCUAAAAGGGACGUGAUGAUCUUGUCAGUGGUGAUGUGCCGUCUACAUCAUGUUCUGCAUUAAAUUUAUUAGGAGGAUGCUUUUUCGACGGCGUUGGUUUGUCUGCGUCCAAAAUAACCUGACAAGUUUAUCAGGCAAUAUAUGUGAAAUGGAUCAUGGGACAUA